CAUGUGAUUGGUUGGAAUAAGACUGAUUUUUUUUCGGGAGUAUGCCUUUUAUCAGCAACGAACGGUCGAUUAAAUGGCAAGUACAGAUUUUCAUCGUUAUUUGUCUCAUAGAAGCGGCGUUCAGCCAGAUUCGAUACUCAAUCCCAGAGGAGAUGAGAAAGGGCUCCUUUGUAGGAAAUGUGGCAGAGGAUUUAGGUAUCGACGCUGAGAGAAUGAAAUCAGGUGGCGCCCGAAUCGUAAACGGCGAUAACAUUGAGUAUAUCAAGCUAGAUGUAGACAAAGGCACUCUGGUCGUAGGAGAAAGGAUUGAUAGGGAGCAGCUCUGCGGCCAGACAUCCCCCUGUAGCCUGAACUUUGAAAUGAUCAUGAUGAAUCCGAUGCAGCUACAUAGCAUUGUAGUGGAGGUGUUGGAUAUUAAUGAUAAUUCACCUAUGUUCCCUGAAAAAGAAAUACAUUUAGAAAUACUGGAGUCUGCUCUUCCAGGAACUGAAAUAUUACAGGAGAGUGCAACCGACCCCGAUGUUGGCAUCAAUGCUUUACACGGCUAUACGUUGCACCCGACAACUAAUUUCAACAUUAAGGUCCAGUCCAGCCCAAAUGGUAUUAAAUAUGCACAGUUGUUCCUUUUUAAUGCUCUAGAUCGUGAGAAGGAAGAAAACCUGCUCCUCACUCUAACUGCUGUCGACGGCGGUGAACCACAGCGAUCGGAGACGCUUAAAAUACGCAUAACUGUCCUCGACACAAAUGAUAAUGCUCCAGUUUUUACGCAAUCUAUUUUUAAGGCGUAUGUAGCUGAAAAUAUACCAGAAGGAACUUUAGUGAUAACAGUGAGUGCAACGGAUACAGAUGAAGGGAUUAAUGGCCGUGUUACAUACCACUUUAAUCGCAUGUCUUAUAAUGUUGCAGAGCUAUUUAGUCUGGACGAACAUACCGGUGACAUAACUGUAAAUGGGCAGAUUGAUUAUGAAAAGAAUAAAAUGUAUGAAAUCGGUGUGCAGGCGAAAGAUCAAGGUGGGCAAAGCACAUCAACAAAAGUAAUAAUUGAGGUGACAGACGUAAACGACAACGCUCCUAUAAUAACACUAACAUCAUUUUCUAGUCCCAUCGCCGAAGAUUCAAGUAUUGGAACUACUGUUGCUAUCAUAAACGUUAAAGAUAUAGAUUCCGGUAAAAAUGGCAAAAUUGACUGCACAAUUAACACGAAGAUCCCGUUUGCUAUCCGCUCAUCUCUGAAAAAUUAUUAUACGGUUGUAACAGACGGUGUCCUGGACAGGGAGCGCUAUCCUGAUUAUAACAUAACUUUCACUGCAGUGGAUGAGGGUAGGCCACCACUGUCGACUAACAAGACAUUAACACUUAGAGUGUCGGAUGUCAAUGAUAAUGCCCCCGUUUUUGCACAGAGACAUUAUGAAGCUAACAUUAUUGAGAAUAAUUCCCCGGGAUUCUCUGCGCUUUCUGUGAAAGCAUACGACUUUGACUCGGGGCAGAACUCACGCGUAACUUAUUUACUUAUUGACACUCAGUUUAAUGGAAACUCGAUGUCCUCUUACAUCUCUGUUAAUGCUGAAAGUGGAGCUUUACAGGCUGUUCGAUCAUUCGACUAUGAGCAAAUUAAGACUUUCAAGGUUUUUGUAAAAGCGCAGGAUGGCGGGUCCCCUCCGCUAAGCAGCAAUGCCACUGUUAAAAUAAAUAUUGUAGACCAGAAUGACAACGCCCCUCAGGUUCUGUACCCAGUCCAGACUGGUGGCUCUCUGGUGGCUGAAAUGGUGCCUCGUUCAGCAGAGGUGGGCUAUCUGGUGACAAAAGUGGUGGCUGUUGAUGUGGACUCUGGCCAGAAUGCCUGGCUCUCCUAUAAACUGCAGAAAGCCACAGACAGGGCGCUGUUUGAAGUGGGCUUACAGAAUGGGGAAAUCAGAACUAUCCGCCAAGUCACUGAUAAAGAUGCUGUGAAACAACGGCUGACUGUUGUGGUGGAGGACAACGGCCAGCCCUCUCGUUCAGCUACAGUCAUUGUUAACGUGGCGGUGGCAGACAGCUUCCCUGAAGUGCUGUCGGAGUUCAUUGACUUUACACAGGACAAGGAGUACAAUGACAACCUGACUUUUUACUUGGUCUUGGCUUUGGCUGUGGUUUCCUUUCUGUUCCUCACGUGCCUGGUGGUUAUUAUAUCAGUGAAAAUCUACAGGUGGAGGCAGUCUCGCAUCCUGUAUCAGUCCAACCUGCCGGUGAUUCCAUAUUAUCCCCCACGUUACUCAGACACUUUGGGGACAGGGACUCUUCCACACGUGUACAAUUACGAGGUGUGCAGGACGACUGACUCCAGAAAGAGUGACUGUAAGUUCGGCAGAGCCGGUAGUCAGAACGUCCUGAUAAUGGAGCCCAGUUCAACGGGAACUAUGAAGACUGAGAAGAGCAUCCUGGAUGAACUAGGAACUCCUUUAGAGGUGAGUUCAGUGAUGUUAAUUAUUAGUGUCUCACCAUGAAUGAAAUAUGUUGUUUCCAGUAUAGGUUAUCAUAAACUAUAGCUACUCUCCGACUCACAUUUUCAGAACCCCGAACAAUGGACAGCUCCUCUCAGGAAAGUUAAAGAGAUUUGCUUUUGUGCGUAAGAUUUCGUAUUGUUACAUUUAAUCAAUCUUUCCCUACUGACCAGUUCACUUUAGAACUAUUGCAACAAGUAGAACAAGUUGGCUGAACUACAAAGCCUUGGUGGCCUUUUUAGUCCAUUGCGAUAACACGAAUGUGAAUUCCACAUACCCAGCAUUGAACUACCUCUUGUUAUUCAGCAAAAGUUCAUGUCACGGUGGGAGGUAGGUGGAGGACCCAAAUGCAGGAGCAAGCAGGCAAAAAUGCUCAAUGGCAAACAACAUAUUUAAUUACUCACAGGGAUCGCAGGAAACACAAGGAACACUGGGCAGGAAACAGUGCAUAACAUAACACAAUGAACAGACAAGGAACAUAACUCAAAACAGGACUUAAAUACACAAGAACUAAAUGAUCAAGCAAGACACGCCUGAGGAAGGGGCUGGAGCACAAGACAGGAGAACACAGAAAAGAUAGGCUGAGGG